AUGGACGUGUCUUUGCGCACAAGUCGCAACAUGGGUCUGCUCGAAUUCGAAAAGUGGUCGAACCAACCCGAUCUAUUCUCGGAAAAGUCGCGUUUUUGCGCGAGGAUACGGGGUUUGACGCCCGGCCAGAGAAGAAUUUGCAGACGCAAUAAGGACCACAUGCCGGCUGUGAGUGCUGGAGUGCGCCAGGGUAUUCAGGAGUGUCAAUAUCAGUUUCAAAGUAGAAGGUGGAACUGCACGGUGACAGAAGAUGCUACUGUCUUUGGGCCCUUGACUUUAAUAGCGUCACGAGAGACAGCGUUCACGCACGCUAUAACGUCAGCUGGAGUUUCUUUAUCAGUGUCUAGAGCGUGUCGCGAUGGUCGACUAGCCUCUUGCGGAUGUAGCCGAGCAACCCGGCCGCGCCAUUUGCACACGGAUUGGGUAUGGGGCGGAUGCGGGGACAACCUGGAAUAUGGGUAUAAGUUCACAGAAGGCUUCGUAGAUGUCCGCGAGAGGGAGAGGAAGGUGAAACGCGGCAGCCGGGAACAGGGACGCCAGCUCAUGAACAGGCAUAAUAACGAAGCUGGGAGGCGGGCCGUUAUAAAGAAGUCCAGGGUCACUUGCAAAUGCCACGGUGUCUCAGGGUCCUGCAGCCUCAUCACUUGCUGGCAACAGCUAGCGACAUUUCGGGAAAUCGGGGACUAUCUUCGUGACAAAUACGAAGAAGCGACAGAGGUGAAGGUAUCGAGACGCGGCAAGUUGCGAGUUGGGAAUCCAAACUUCAGUCUGCCUACGUCACAAGAUCUGGUUUACUUGGAGGAAUCUCCUAAUUAUUGCGUGAAGAAUGAGACCCUGGGUUCCUUUGGGACCGCGGGUCGAGAAUGUAACAGGACAUCAGCGGGUAUAGAUGGGUGUUCGCUCCUGUGCUGCGGAAGAGGCUACAAUACCAAGCGGGCUGUGAUCAAAGAGCGGUGUGGUUGUAAAUUCCAUUGGUGUUGCCAUGUCGAAUGCAACACUUGCGUUAGAACGGUUGAGAUACAUACGUGUAAAUAA